GCCAGCCGAGCGUUACCUUCCUCACAGAAUCCCAGUGAUCCAUUCAGUCCAACCACACUCAGUGAAACCCUCCAAUCAAGUCAUUCAACAUGUCGUCCAUCGCAGACCGUCUGGCCCGCCGUCAGGACAGGGCCCAGGGCGUGGGGACCAACGAGAAUGCAGUGAAGUACUGUCAGCAGGACUAUGAGGCUCUGAAAAGGCAGUGCCUGGAGAGGGGUUGUCUGUUUGAGGAUGAUUGUUUCCCUGCCAAGCCCUCGUCCCUGGGGUUCAACGAGCUGGGACCGUACUCCUCCAAGACCCGGGGGCUGGUGUGGAAGAGGCCAUCGGAGCUGUGUUCCAAUCCUAAAUUCAUAGAUGACGGAGCCACAAGAACAGACAUCUGCCAAGGAGCUCUAGGGGACUGCUGGCUGCUGGCAGCCAUUGCAUCUCUGACUCUGGAUCAGGACAUCCUGGCCCGUGUGAUUCCUCCUGGACAGAGCUUCGACGAGGACUACGCCGGGAUCUUUCACUUCCAGUUCUGGCAGUUUGGAGAGUGGGUGGACGUGGUGAUUGACGACAGGCUUCCCACCAGAGAUGGAAAGCUGCUGUUUGUUCACUCAGCCGAGGGCUCAGAGUUCUGGAGCGCCCUGCUGGAGAAGGCCUAUGCCAAGGUGAACGGAUGCUAUGAGGCUCUCUCUGGUGGGUCAACCACAGAGGGCUUUGAGGACUUCACAGGGGGGAUCUCGGAGAUGUACGAGCUGGCCAAAGCCCCCCCGCACCUCUUCAAAAUCAUUCAGAAGGCGCUGGGACUGGGGUCUCUCUUGGGGUGCUCCAUUGAUAUCACCAGUGCUGCUGACACAGAGGCCGUCACAAUGCUGAAACUGGUGAAGGGCCAUGCAUACUCUCUCACUGGGGCUGAAGAGGUGCAUGUUCGUGGGCGUCCUGAACAGCUGGUGCGGGUGCGGAAUCCCUGGGGUCAAGUGGAGUGGACAGGGGCAUGGAGUGAUGGAUCUCGUGAAUGGGACCAGAUCCUCCCAGAAGAGAAAGCUAAACUGAAUAGUGUUGUUGACGAUGGAGAAUUCUGGAUGUCCUACUCGGAUUUUGUGAGGAACUUCUCCAGGCUGGAGAUCUGUAACCUGACCCCAGACACACUGAGCAGCGACGAGGUGGGCCGCUGGAACAGCUACCAGUUCGAGGGCAUGUGGAGGGUGGGCUCCACAGCUGGGGGCUGCAGAAACCACCCAGCCACGUUCUGCUCCAACCCCCAGUUUGCCAUCAAGCUGGAGGAUGUAGAUGAUGACCCCCUGACUGAGGACGGCUGCACCUUCCUGGUGGGUCUGAUGCAGAAAGAUGGCCGCAAGGAGAGACGGUUUGGCCGGGACCUCAAUACCAUUGGAUUCGCCAUAUACAAGGUGCCUGAUGAGUACAAGGGCCGUACCAACAUCCACCUGGGCCCGGAUGUGCUGCUGCGGCAGCGCUCGGUGGCCAUGAGCCACACCUUCAUCAACAUGCGCGAGAUCUGCGACCGCUUCUGCCUGCCCCCCGGGGACUACGUCAUCAUCCCCUCCACCUUCGAGCCGCACAAGAAGGGCAGCUUCGUCCUGAGAGUGUUCUCCGAGAAGCAGGCCGCGGCCAGGAAAAUGGAAUCAGAUAUCAAAGCAAAACUGGAGGAGCCUGAAAUCUCAGAGCGCGAUGUGGAUCCCCAUUUCAAACAUUUGUUCAAGGGAAUUGCUGGAAGCGAUUCUGAAGUGUCUGUUUAUGAACUUGUCCAAAUUUUGAACAAUGUUGUGUCAAAAAGGGCUGAUAUCAAGACAGAUGGAUUUAGCCUGGAGACUGGUCGUCACAUCAUCAGUCUAUUAGAUAAAGACGGAAGUGCCACACUGGGCCUGACAGAGUUCCAUUUGCUGUGGAUGAAAAUCCAGAAGUAUCUGGAAAUCUUCAAGAGGCACGACACAGACAACUCUGGGACCAUGAGUUCCCAUGAGAUGAGAGGAGCUCUGUCUCAAGCAGGGUUCCAGAUAAACGGCUCCGUUCUGCAGAUCUUAGUCUGUCGCUACGCUAACCCUGAAUAUGCCAUAGACUUCGACAGCUUUGUGAGCUGCCUGAUCCGGCUGGAGAUGCUCUUCAAAAUAUUUCAAACACUUGAUAAAGCUAAAACUGGAAAGAUUGAGCUGAAUAUGUUGCAGUGGUUAUGCCUGGCGAUCAAUUAAAUAUCAGAAGAUCCUUACUUGGCUGGGAACUUGGAGAUCCUCUGAUUGCGCUAUACUGAAAUCAACGAAAAAUGUCAUGCAGAUUUCACAUUUUAAUUGGAAAUUAUUUUACUUUUGUAUGAAACAUACUUAUUAUACUUUGGUCAGCG